AUGUCUGCUGGCGUGGAUGAAUGCAUUCUUGCAAACAGACGCAUGACAAUAGCCGAUAUCUCUAAUGAACUGGAUAAGUCUCAUGAAAGUGUGCAUAAAAUUACUGCCGAUCAACUUGAAUUUUAUAAAGUUUGUGCUCGUUGGGUGCCUCGUUUACUGACGGAGGAACAUAAAGGCAAGAAUUUUGAAAUUGCGUUGAAAUUUCUGCAAUGUUACCAAAAGGAAGAAUAUCAGGUUUUGGACAAAAUUGUGACCGUAGAUGAAUCUCGGAUUCCCCACUUCUCACCUGAAACGAAACUCAUCUCGCUCAAGUGGAAACAUUCUACUUCCCAGACACAAAAAAAAGUGUCGAAUUGUUACACCUGCGGGAAACGUGAUGCUGAAACUGUUUUUGGCAGAGAAGGUUUGCUACAUACAGAGUUCAUGCCGAAGGAUGCCACAAUUAAUGCAUCUUCUUAUUGUGAAACACUAAAACGAUUACGAAAAUCACUUAAAAAUCGACGCCCAGGUAAAAUGUCGAAAGGCAUUGGGCUCCUGCAUGACAAUGCAAGACCGCAUGCAGCAAAACAAACGUGA